UGUUGCCUGAGUGAAUGAGAGCUGCUCAUCAGGAAGUAUCCUGCGGGUGAAUUUUAAAAACGAAGUCUUUAUCAUUUCGGCCUCGGCCACGUCUUACCCUUCGCCGUGCGACAAAGAACAGGCCAGCGCGGUCCGUGCAGGCGCCAGCUGUGGUGGAUUUACAGUGAGAAUUUGUCUAAGAGACACAAUGUACCUGAACAGGUUAACUACAGAAGAUGGACGGAGACAGCUCGACCACAGACGCUUCCCAGCUGGGCAUCACCGGAGAGUACAUGGCCUCCAGUCACUACGUUCUCCAGUCUCAAGAUGACGACACAGAGGAGAAUAUGAAUGACCACGAAGAUGGGGGUGUCAAAGAGAACUACAGGGAGCAGGACAUCUACCUUCCUAUUGCCAACGUGGCUCGCAUCAUGAAGAAUGCUGUUCCUCAAACUGGAAAGAUCGCGAAAGAUGCCAAGGAGUGUGUGCAGGAGUGCGUGAGCGAGUUCAUCAGCUUUAUCACAUCAGAGGCAAGUGAGCGCUGCCACCAGGAGAAGAGGAAGACCAUAAACGGGGAGGACAUCCUGUUCGCCAUGUCCACGCUGGGCUUUGACAUGUACGUGGAGCCACUGAAGCUCUACCUGCAGAAGUUCAGAGAGGCGAUGAAAGGGGAAAAGGGGAUGCCCGGGGUUGCAGUGGGAGAAAGCCUGGGGGAGGAUCUCACGGAUGAUAGCUUCACAAAUCCGCUGCAAACUGGGAUUAUCACAGCAGAUGGACAGCAGCAGAACGUCAUGGUCUACACCACCUCAUAUCAACAGAUUCCCACCGUACAACAGAUCCAGUUUUCAUGACGAGGACUAACUCGCGAGCCCACACAUCGAGUCCCCCGCACUCUACUGAUGACCUCUAAUCCCAGCACAGGGUAAAGGUUACCAGAUGGACAGGAGGAGGAAGAGUGAGGAGGGAGUGCAGCGUCCGCACAGACCCUCAUGUACAGAGAAAUCACUACCUGUUGAGUAGAAAGUGUAGUUUCUAGUUGUGAGGUACCAGGUGUUUUUGGAAUGCCUCCAAAACAGCUGGGGGAAUUUGAGGCUUUUAUUUUGAAAGGCUAGUCUUAUUACAUGAUUUAGUGGUGGAAUUGUUUUUGUGGGUGUGUGUUAAUGUGUUUGCUUUUAUGCAUUUUUUUUUCUUGUGGGGUGGGGGGUGGGAUGGGGGCGGCAUUGUAUUGGAAGCUUAUUUUUUAAGGCCUUCUCUCGUUUGAACCGAGAGAAGCCACGUUGUUACUGUCACAUCAGAUCAUGCAGCUCUUUUGUAAGUUCCCACAAUUUACCAUGUGCUUUAAAUGUCAUGUAAAUCCUUUGAAUAAAAAUUCAAGAGUGAUGUUUCAA